AUGACGUCUUCAUUACCUGGGAACCGCGACUUGCCCGUCUCGCAGUUUGAUCUAGGGACAACCCUCCUCACCUCGUCGGCCGGCCUUGAAAAUGCAAAGAAACUCGUUACCGCAUACAAGACGGGCAAGAUCCCAGAGAUGACACCGGAGCUAUGGAACGCGAAGAAGAUCAUCGACUCUACCAUACACCCAGACACGGGCAAGCCAGUCUUCCUGCCUUUCCGCAUGUCGAGCUUUGUCCUGACCAACUUGGUUGUCACGGCUGGAAUGCUUACACCAGGUCUCGGGACGGUGGGAACACUAGGAUGGCAAGUCACAAACCAGUCUGUCAACGUCGGAAUCAACUUCUCCAACGCGAAUAAGUCGAUCCCGCUUUCUACCUCGACCAUUGUGCAGUCAUACCUCCUCGCUGUCAGCGCAUCCUGCGGUGUCGCGCUCGGUCUCAAUGCGCUGGUACCCCGCCUCAAGAGCCUCUCGCCUAAUGCAAAAGUUAUCGCGGGUCGAUUAGUGCCUUUCGCGGCUGUCGCAACAGCUGGUGCACUCAAUGUGUUCCUAAUGCGCGGCGAGGAAAUCAGACAGGGCAUUGACGUAUACCCCGCGCUAUCAGAAGCCGAGCGACAAAGAGUAGAUACAGGCGAUCUGGAGGUCAAGCCAUUGGGCAAGAGCAAGAAAGCGGCUACACUCGCAGUGGGUGAGACCGCGCUGAGUCGUGUGCUUAACGCAACGCCUAUCAUGGUGUUGCCUCCUCUUCUUCUUGUCAAGUUACAAAAGACAGAGUGGCUUAAGCAGAGACCCAGGAUGGUGACUCCCGUUAAUCUGGGACUCAUUUUCACGACGUCUAUCUUUGCGCUGCCGCUUGCGCUCGCUGCAUUCCCGCAACGUCAGGCUGUUAGUGCGAAGACUCUGGAGCCCGAGUUUCAUGAGCGCGGCGGCAAGGACGGCUUGGUCGAGUUUAACCGUGGGAUAUGA